AUGCACAAGAAGAUCAUCUCCUCGUAUCCUGGUAUGAAUUCAGUGGUCGCCUGCAUUGCUGCCUGCAUCGAUCACAGGAAAUGCAAAGCAGUAACCUACAAAUCUGGUCUAUGUAUUCUACAUGGUGCAUCACCGGCAUCUGAUUCUUCGCUACUCGUUGACGGCAACGAACAGACUAUGGUGAUUGAAAAUGGGUGCCAACUGACGACAGAAUUUAUUCCAUCGCUCCUAUCAAAUAGCGUCGUGAGCGGAUCCGUAAUCAGGGACAACCCACCAUGGGAGGAAUGGGGUUUGUGCCAGUUCUCAUCUGGUGGCAAAAGGGUUCGAGUUCGCCAACGGGAGUGCACAAAUUGCGAGGAUCUUCAAGUGGAUCCAUGCUAA